GUGUGCGUCCAGCGACCGGAAGUAGCUGUUGGGCAGCUUUCGGACGCUUUAAAUUCCUGCGGGGUGGAGGGCUUAGCUUGGGUGCCCGGGUCUGGUUUCUCACUCGCAUGGCUGUGGACGUGAAGUCUCGAGCGAAGCGCUAUGAGAAACUGGACUUCCUCGGAGAGGGACAGUUUGCGACGGUCUAUAAGGCCAGGGACAAGAACACCAACCAAAUCGUCGCCAUUAAGAAAAUCAAACUUGGACACAGGUCAGAAGCUAAGGAUGGAAUAAAUAGAACAGCCUUAAGGGAGAUAAAGCUCUUACAGGAACUAAGUCAUCCAAAUAUAAUUGGUCUCCUUGAUGCAUUUGGACAUAAGUCUAACAUUAGCCUUGUCUUUGAUUUUAUGGAAACUGACCUCGAGGUUAUUAUAAAGGAUAACAGCCUUGUGCUGACACCAUCCCACAUUAAAGCCUACAUGUUGAUGACUCUUCAGGGCUUAGAAUAUUUACAUCAGCAUUGGAUUCUACACAGGGAUCUGAAACCAAACAACUUGUUGUUAGAUGAGAAUGGAGUUCUGAAACUGGCAGAUUUUGGCCUGGCCAAAUCAUUUGGGAGCCCCAAUAGGGCUUACACACAUCAAGUUGUGACCAGAUGGUACCGGGCUCCUGAGUUAUUGUUUGGAGCUAGGAUGUAUGGUGUGGGAGUAGACAUGUGGGCUGUUGGUUGUAUAUUAGCAGAAUUGCUUCUAAGGGUUCCAUUUUUGCCUGGAGAUUCAGAUCUUGAUCAGCUAACAAGGAUAUUUGAAACUCUGGGUACACCAACUGAAGAGCAGUGGCCUGACAUGUGUAGUCUUCCCGAUUAUGUGACAUUUAAGAGUUUCCCUGGGGUCCCACUGCAGCACAUCUUCAUCGCGGCUGGGGACGACCUGCUGGAGCUCAUCCAAGGCCUGUUCUUAUUUAACCCGUGUACGCGGACCACAGCCUCACAGGCAUUGAAGACCAAGUACUUCAGUAACCGCCCCGGGCCAACACCUGGAUGCCAGCUCCCGCGACCAAACUGUCCGGUGGAGGCAUUAAAGGAACCGGCGAAUCCAACCGUGGCAACAAAGCGGAAAAGAGCAGAGGCCUUAGAACAAGGAAUAUUGCCCAAGAAGCUCAUUUUUUAGUUGCAGCGAACAAUGGACAGUUUCACUGCUGAAAUAAAUGAUCCAAAGGCAAAUAAUGGAAAAAAUAGUGAAUAUUAAAUGCUAUAAGAGAGAACUUGUAAAUAUUCUACAGAUGUAAAAUAUGUAAAACUACGGGUUAUUUUUAUUAAAUGUAUUUUACAAUAAAUAUUUGUGAUUUAUGAUUAGAGUACAAGGAUAACUGCAGUCUCUAAAAUGUAAUUGACAGUGCAUUGGGAGAGGCUUGGCAUGCGAUUCCUGGUUAUUCUGCAGCUCUGGGUGAUCUGCCACUUUAAGAUCAUUAGGUAUAGUAUUGAAAACAGAAAACAAUACUGUUAGCAGUUUUGCAAGAGCUUUAGCCUACUUACUACCCAGAGUAAGCCCUGAAAAGAUGGCCCUGACGCCUCCCUGAUGUCCUGUCAUCUCGAACUCACUACGCUCCUCCUGCACGCACAGCCAGGACCUUGGCACUGCUCAUCCCAUUCCUUUGACCCUCCCCCAAGGAAGAGGCCUCGGGGAGAUUUGUGUUUGUCUUCCAUGGUUUUGUACUGCUAUCUUCAAAGAGUUCCAUCUCACCUUAUGGCAGCCUAUGCCUUUGAUCCUAGCAUGUAUGGAAGUGGAUCUCUAAGUUUGAGGACAGCCUGGUCUACAUAGUGAGCUCCAGGCCAGCCAGAGCUACGCAGUAAGGUCCUCUCUCAAAAAGCAUAAAUAAACAAAAUAAUCCUACUAUAGCUCAUACUAUUGCUUUCUGUUUUUUACUUAGAAACUUUCUUUCCAUAUUAAUAGAUCUAAAUUGAGUUGAUUUAAUUACCAUAUGAUAAUAUAGUACAUAAAUAGUGUAAUUUACCUGUGCUUUGUUUAUGGACUAUUAUUUUUUUAUUGCUGUAUAAAUUUUAUCAUGAACAUGGCACGAAUCGCCAGGCAUAGUGGUGGUUUGUCCCUGUCCAAACUCGGGAGGUAGAGGCAGUUGGAUCUCUCUGAAUUCAGCCUGGAUUCAGAGUGAGCUCCAGAGCUACGUAGUGAGGACCAGUUUGUGUGUAAAGGUGGUAGAGUAUGUCCUACCAUCUAUGAACACCUGGCACUGUAACACAUUAAAGUAACUAAGUAGCAUGGCUCAACUCCUUUACAAGUGUCAAGCAAGCCUGAAACAAGGGGACAAGGUGUUGGCCAUAUGAGCAUUCCUGGUGACCAAGGAGGCCAGAAAAUGGCAUUGGAUCCCCUGAAACUGGAAUUUUGGAUGGCUAUAAUCCACCACGAGGUGCUGGAAAUUGAACCCAGGUCCUCUGAAAGAGCAGCCAGUGCCUAAUUACUGAGUCCUCUCCCACUGCACAUGAACUUUCUGUAUGGAACCUUUGGGUGAGCAAAACCUCACUCCUAUUCUGCAUUCUCCUUGAGUCUUAUGGGGAUUCAAAAAUUAUGAUUGAUACAAAACUCAUAGAAGAAAAACUUUACAAAAUUAUGUAAUACCCGUUUGCAUGGGGCCAGGUUUGGCUGCUCGUGCCUAUAAUCUCAUCCUUGUCAGGCUGAGUAAUGACUGCCUCAGAUUUAAGGCCAGCCCAGUUACAAACAGCUCUAUGCCAGUCUGUCCUCAAAGCAAGCCCCACCCAUCUCAAAAAGCAAAACAAGAAUAGUUUUUGGCAUGGGAGCCUCACAAAGGCAUAGAGAACCUGUUAAGAAUCAACUACUGAGCUGGGUGAGCUAGGCAGGGGCAGAGAGGUAUCUAUGAGUUUGAGGAUAUCCUGGUCUAAAAAGUAAAUUCUCAGGCAGCCAGGGAUAUACCAUAAAACCCCGUCUCAUGAAUAAAGACAACUACUUGUUAUAUUAGGAAUGACUAGUAAGUAAAGAAAAAGUGCUAAGGCAGAAUGGCUUGGUCCAGAAAGUUAGCUCUAAAGGGAAACAGCUGGGGAAAUAAGGAUCAACAGGGUUGGUUAUGCAGACUUCAGCAUCGUGCUCGUCCUUGGGGCUGAAUAGGCAUCUUUUUCCCCACAGGGAAAAAAAUUAUUUUGGUUUUUGUUUGUUUGUUUGUUUUUUGAGACAGGGUUUCUCUGUGUAGCCCUGACUGUCCCGGAACUCACUCUGUAGACCAGGCUGGCCUCGAACUCGGAAAUCUGCCUGCCUCUGCCUCCCAAGUGCUGGGAUUAAAGGCGUGCGCCACCACGCCUGGCCCCCACAGGAAAAUUUUAAUCUCUCUCUUUAUUAACUUUUUAUGUGGAUGAGUGCUUUGCCUGCUUGUCACAUGUGUGCUGGUACUUCGAGUUCAGAAGGUGGCAGUCUCCUACAGUUAUGUGAUUGUGUUCUAGGUAAACCUGGGUCAUCUGCGAGAGCUACAAUGACCCAUCUUUUAGCCAUCAUCUCAUGCUUUAAGAACUGCACAGUGAUUAUUUUAUCUUUUGUGUGUUUGAUAAGCAUGCAUGUGUGCACUCACUCCACAGCACAUGUAUGUCAGUGGACAACCUUGUGUCAAUUUUUUCUGCCAGUGUUUUUGGGGGAAAUAUGUCAAGCCACUCUGCUUGCCCAUGAGUUUCCAGAGACCCUUUGACCUUACUGUAGAGCCCCGGGAGUGCAGAUACAUGCUCCUCUUUAUACUCACUGGUUUUGGGGUGUCUUUGGCAGAGUAGUGUAUCUUUUUUUUUCUUUUGGGGGAGGAAAGGGUUUAUUCGGCUUACACUUCCAUACUGCUGUUCAUCACCAAGGAAGUCAGGACUGGAACUCAAGCAGGUCAGGAAGCAGGAGCUAAUGCAGAGGCCAUGGAAGGAUGUUCCUUACUGGCUUGCUUCCCCUGGAGUAGUGUAUCUUUAACUUCUGAGCGGCUCAGUUGUUGCUCUGUUGCUAUGAUACAGUUCUCUGACAAAAGCGCCUUAAAGGAGAAAGGCCUCAUUUUGCCUUAGGAUUUCCCUUGAAAUUCAGUCCACCAUGGUGGAGGAGGCUGGUUGGUCGCACGGUCCUUGUACUCAGAUACAGAGAAUGAACAGGAGUAGGGUGGAGCUAGACAGCCUUAAAGCCUACCCCAGUGACCCAGACAGAGUGACACUUAAGCCUGCGGGGAACAGUUCACAUUCAAACCACAACAGAGGUUUUAGGCAGAAUCUGCUACCAAGCUCACACAGUGUUUGUAGUUUUGGACAGGGCUGUACUGGAACUCACUAUGGUCUUGAACUCAGAGCUCACCUCCCUCACCUCUCAAGUGAUGAGACUAAAGGUGUGCACCACCAAAUGGCCUUCUUAUAGUUCUUAGAAAUUGUUUGGUGCUGGGAUCAAGCCUAGGGCUGUGCACAUAACUGAUGCACACUGAGCCACAGCCUGAGUCCCAGCUCUUAGUCCUAAUAGAGUGCCCUGUUGCCCAGGCUUUUGGUGCUGUUACCUCUAGGCUUAACUUUUUUCUUUCUUUCCUACAUGCCUAAGCAGGUUAUCUCAGGCUAGCCUUGAACUUAUCCUCCUAAGGACCCCAUUUAGGAUGAUGGGCAUGCUCCAUCACGCUAAUGCUUGUUCUUCGUUGUUGUUUGUUUUAGUCUUUUUAAGACAGGGUUUCUCUGUGUAGCUUUGGCUAUCCUAGAACUUACUCUGUAGAUGAGGCUAGCCUCAAACUCAGAGAUCUGAGUGCUGGGAUUAAAGGCGAAUGCCACCACCGGCUGGCUUAACUCUUGGGUUUUUAACAUAGCUCACAUUUCUUUUACUGUGUGCUCACUUUCCACAAAUUAGCAAUAAGUAUGAUUUUCAAGUCUGAUUUUUCUCAUGGGCCACUGUUUUAAAAUGCCUUUGGUUGGGGGUGGGGUAGAAACAAUGUCUACCCACCUGUUCAAAGGACAAACAAGAGUGGGAUUCCAGAGUUCAUACUGGGAAGCCCAGUGAGCCUAUUAAUAAGGCUUCUUUACAAAGCACUGGGUGAGAGUUUACAUGCAGGAGCAUGGGUAACCCUCAAGUAGCCACAGCAGAAAGUCUGCACCCCACAUGGAUGUGAUGCCCUCGGAGCUGUGUAGAUGGAGUUCUCUUCUAGUACCCUACUCAAAAAUAAUCCGCCCCUCCCACAAGCCCUAAGGCCAUGAGCAAUUAGGGUUAAAAUCGGGCCCAUCUACACAGCUAUGGGGGAAUCAUGUCCAUGUUGGGUUCCUAUGGUUAGAUUUCACAUUUGACUUUCUUGAAUGUAUUGAUUGCAUCAAGGAAACCCUAUCUCAAAAAAAUAAAAGGAAAUAUCUAUCCCUUUUAUAGGCAUUCAGACACCAAGUUGCCCAACUCAUAGUGUAUAUUUUAUCAGAGACUGAAAAUAGCAAAAACUGGAGUUGGUCUAGGCUGGCUAUAAAAUAGCUGAGCUGGUUGAGAGCAACAACAAAGAUGUAAACAUCCCCUUAGUGGUGAGUGAGCAGUUGAUGGCAUUCCGCACUGCUACAAGCCGAGAUGACGACGGUGCCAAAAGAACCCGUGACACUUAAAUGUGGCUAAGGGGUUUCCCCGUGUUUGUGUGAUUUCAGGCAUGGUUGCCCUAUGUUGCCUAGGCUGUGCUAGAAUUUGCAAUCCCCCAGGUGCGCACCACCAUGCCUCGCUUCUUCCUAGCUGUUUUCGGGAUUACAAUAUACAGUACAUAGCCUGUUGUAUGGUUAUACUAAACCGCUAUUUUUAAUUUUGUAUAUGUUUAUAUGUACACACAUGUAUGCAUGUGUGCACACCUACUAUAGAAUGUGAGGGUCAGAGGACAGCUUGUAGACAUUGGUUCUCGUUCAUUAUGUGGAGUAGGACCAAACUCAGGUAGUCAGUCCUGCUUGACAGCAAGCACCUUCACCAGCUGAGCCGACUCACUGCACACGUAGUUCUUAAUACAUUCUGGUGUGGAAACAGGGUCUCUACAGUAUAUAGCCCACAGUGGCCUCAAACUCUGCCUCCCCAGUGGGAUUACAGGCAUGCGCUACCACGCCAGGCUACUAACGGGUUUUAUAUUGCUCAGAGCCUUGAGAACACUUGAGAUACAUGUACUAGCCUUAAUACACUGGUAUGCAGUUCCUGCCUGCGUGCAGGGUAAGAAGAUCCUAGCUGGAUCAGACUCGAGCUUUGCAGAUUUUUUAAACCAUUUUUAAAAACAAAAAAAACAAAAAAAAAAACCCCUAAACUAUAAAACACAUAUACCUUUUGUGUUUAUAAUUGCUUUUCUUUAAUCUGUAGCAUUUUUCAAUAGAGAAAUGUUGAUGUUUGACAGUGACCCACUGUUCCCUUCAUGCCGUACCUGUGUUACGUUCCCUACCCCAGAAGGUGGGUGGGUUGUCUUAGUGACUUUCCUGUUGUACACAUGUGUGUGCUUGAUAUGUUAAUACAUCAAUGUCUUCCCUGAAUAAACAUGGCGUUUCUCACUCGUGGACCCUAUCCUUGGAAGAUGGUCCAGUAUGUUUCACUUAUUUCCCACUGCUUCAUAGACUCCAUGUAUGUGCCUUACUGUUUUAUCCUCCUGUGUCAGGCAAGGAUAUAGACUUCUUAUGUUUUUACUUGUACAAACUGUAGUCUGGCCUUUGUGUGAUUAUUUUUUAUUUAAUAUCCCAAAUAGAAUGAGGAUCAGAUAACUGCUUUUUUUUUUGUUUUAUUUGUUAGUUUGUUUGUUUUGUAAAAAUAGAUCACACUAUUUUUACCAAAUAAUCACAUACCACCACAGCCAGCUUUAUGUAAGAGCAAGCAAGCCACGGUGAAGUGUGGAGGUCAGAGACUUGGCUCUCCCCUUCUAUCUUGUAGAUGCUGGGGAUGAAACUCAAGCCACCACUGAACCAUGCCAGCAGCUCUAGUUUUGUUUUUUGAGACAAGUUAUUUUAGGUAGCAUCCAGGCUGUUUGCAACCCUGAAUUACCCUGAGUGUUGAAUUUACAGGAAGUGACACCACAUGCAAGAGGAAGAUUACUCCACAAGUGUAUGUUUGUGUGCGUGUACACCCACGUAUACCAGAAGACAGCCUUAGGUGUUCUCUACCAUAUUUUUGGGGGUUUUCUUUUUUUUUUUUUGAGUCAGGGUCAUCAGGGUCUGUCUGUCUCUCACUGGGGUCUCCUGGCUGUCCUGGAAGCCUCAGGCAUCCGCCCGCCUCUGCAUCUCCAGCAUCAGGUUACAAACACGCUUCAGCUGUACCUGGCUCUUCAUGUGGCUGCUGAGGUCCAAACUCUGCCUUGUGCUGGCAUGGCCGACACUUUACCAUGAGCUUCUACCCAGCUCCAUAGAUUCUUUAAAAUUUUUCUCAAGGUUGAAUAUUUGUUUAAAAGAGACAUUGAAACUGUCAUAAAAUAUGGAAAUUAGUUUAUAAAAAAUGUCAACACAAAUAUUAAGACAUUUCUUGGAGGACAUGUGAUAAGGGUUCGCUUGCUUAAGCUGCAUCCUAAAAUUAAAAGGGAGGAAUGUCAUCAAAACACAUGUAUUAAUAUGUGUAUUAAGAUAUCAUAAUGAAACUUACAACUUUGUAAAUUACUAUGCUAAUAAAUUUUUAAAACACCUUGAAA